AUGUCGGAAAACAUUGCUUUUAGGAGCAAAUCCUCAGAUGACCCUAACAAGCACAUUACCAAGUUCAUUCAGAUUUGCAACACAACGAAGAUGAAUGGCGUGACAGAUGAUCGGAUCCGACUGAGACUGUUUCCUUUUUCCUUAGAGGAUUCAGCGAAAGAUUGGCUAGAGAGUUUGGCAACGAGGUCCAUUAGAACAUGGGACCAGAUGGUCCAUAAAUUCCUGGAGAAGUUCUAUCCCCCUAGUGAGGCUAUUAAGAGGCAACACGAGAUCAUUGCCUUUCAGAUGAUUCCUGCGGAGACUAUCAGAGAUGCAUUGGGGAGAUUCAAAGCCUUGCUGAAGAGGUGUCUCAAUCAUGGUCUGUCCCCAACAGUGCAAGUUAUUACAUUCUUUAAGGGAUGUUUACCUGAAGCGCAACGGGAGUUAAAUUUAAGUGCGGGAGGUAAUCUUCUCAAGAAAGGAGAGGAGGAGGCGAUAGAGGUGAUUGAAGAGCUUGCAUCCAGUGAUGAAGGAUGGAGCAACGAAAGGAGUAAGGUGCAUAGGGUGGCUUAUACCACGGAUCAUGAUACAAUGAGCACCUUAUCUGACAAGCUGGAUGCAUUAACUAUGAAGUUCGACUGCAUGGCGAUGGGGCAACCGUCUCAAGAGCCCCAAGGAAAUAUGGAGGAUGCGAAUUAUGUGCAGCAAGGAGUCAACAGGUAUUACAACAACUCACACCCGAACUUUUAUAGUGGAGGACACAACCAGUAUGGGAACAAGGGGCAUCCCAAUCUCUCUUAUGGGAACCCCAAUAAUGCCCUGCAGCCUCCUCCGGGACUCACAGUUUCUGAUGGGAUGAUGAACGACCCCAAGAAGAUGACCACGGAGGACAUACUCAAGUCAUUCAUGCUACAAUCUAAUAAGGUCAUGGAGCAGAACAAUCAAAGGAUGGAGAAGGUCGAGGCGGAUGUACAGGGAAUGGCCACGCAUUUGAAGAACAUUGAUAUUCAAAUCAGCCAGAUUUCCCAGACUGUGAGCACUCUUACGCAACCGGGAAAAUUCCCUUCUACCACUAUCAUCAAUCCCAAGGACUGCAAAGCUAUACAUCUGAGGAGUGGAACAAACUACGAGGGACCUUCAAUGCCAUCCGAGAAUGAGGGUAGAGUAGCAGAAAAGAGAGCUGAAGAGGAGGAAUUGGUCAAAGAAGAUGAGACAGUGCAAAUUUCUACUCCACCUAAGGAGAACACGACUAUACCUUCACCCACACCACCUACAGCUCAUACUCCAGCUGAAGUGAGGAUCCCUUAUCCUCAACGUGUUCAGAAGAAGAAGACAGAUACUCAGUUCUCGAGGUUCUUAGACAUCUUCACGAAGGUGAACUUGAAUAUCCCAUUGGUGGAGGCACUUUAA